CUCCUGGGAGUUUGUGGUUCGAUUUUUAUUUUUUUUUUUCCUUUUCACCAUUUUUGAAUUUUUCUCUUUCCUCUUUGCUGGGAGUUCAGUCCUUUCUACGCUCGUGGGAGUCUUGGCAGGUUCGCAUUUGCAUUCCGGCAAAAUCAUAUUAGUUAAUUCAUUCCUUUCGAGGGGUUCUGCUUCUUAUUACAAAUCUGUCUACAAAUCUGUCAGCCCAGCCUGAAAAUACUACCUACAUUAUCUCAAAGCUAUUACUCUCUAUAAGAAAUAGUCCUUUGUCCAUCGCAAACGGUCGGGAUCGAGAAAUCACAUCAUUUCUUUGUGGAAUUGGUUCACUUGCAUAGACAUACUAUAUAAUCGAGCCUUUUGCCCUUCGUUUGUCACUCUAAUCCUCUCAGCGCGUCUUUCCGCAUUCAACCACCACAUUUCGUCACAAUGGUCGCUCAAAACGGAGAUUCCGCUUCUCAGGAACGCCGCUUCGGGACUCUGGCAGUGCAUGCCGGUGCUCCCCAUGAUCCUACUACCGGCGCGGUCAUUGCUCCGAUUUCCUUGUCCACCACCUUUGCUCAGACCAGUGUUGGAUCCCCAGUCGGUCUUUACGAGUACACUCGCAGUUCGAACCCCAACCGUGACAACUUUGAAGAGGCUAUUGCUGCCGUCGAGCACGGUAAAUAUGCUCUGGCCUUCUCCUCCGGAUCUGCCACCACUGCCGUGAUCCUGCAAUCUCUCGCAGCCGGCUCUCACAUCGUCUCCGUCUCCGACGUGUAUGGGGGCACCCACCGCUACUUCACUAAGGUCGCCUCCGCCCAUGGAGUUGAGGUGACGUUUACGCCUAGCAUCGAGGGGAACGUCGAGGAGUUGAUUCGUCCCAACGAGACUAAGCUAGUCUGGAUCGAGACCCCUUCAAAUCCCACCCUCGGAUUGGUCGACAUUGAGAAGGUUGCUGCCAUUGCUCACAAGUAUGGCAUCAUCGUUGUCGUUGACAACACCUUCAUGAGCCCCUAUGUGCAGAAUCCUCUGGAUCAUGGUGCCGACAUUGUCGUGCACUCCGUCACCAAGUACAUCAACGGUCACUCAGAUGUCCUCAUGGGUGUUGCGGCUUUUAACUCCGACAGCCUGAAGGAGCGCCUUACAUUCCUCCAGAACGCUAUCGGUGCUGUCCCUUCGCCCUUUGACUGCUGGCUCGCUCACCGUGGCCUGAAGACUCUUCACCUGCGUGCACGUGAGGCGACCACCAAUGCCACGGCUGUCGCCAAGGCCCUUGAGGCCUCCCCCCAUGUCAUCUCUGUCAACUACCCCGGUAUCGACUCUCACCCUCAGCGCGCUAUCGCUGUCAAGCAGCACCGUCAAGGCAUGGGUGGUGGUAUGCUGAGCUUCCGUAUCAAGGGUGGUCAGCAGGCUGCUCACUUAUUCUGCAAGUACACCAAGGUCUUCACCUUGGCCGAGAGCUUGGGUGGUGUUGAGAGUCUUUGCGAGGUCCCCGCUGCUAUGACUCAUGCUGGUAUCCCCAAGGCCGAGCGUGAGAUUGCAGGUGUCUAUGACGACCUCGUUCGUAUCUCUUGCGGUGUUGAAGAUGUCGAAGAUUUGACGGCCGAUGUUCUUCAGGCUCUCAAGAAAGCCGUGGCUGCUAGCCACUCGGUGGAGAACGGCAGCGCUUAGUGGAAUGUUUAUGAAUGAUUGAGAGCCCUUAUUGCGAUAGAAGAUAGACUUCUUCGUGGGCUAGAUCAGCCCCUUCGACUCAAGACCCCAAGUGGAGCCUCAUCACACUUGACCAGGUCAUGAAUUAAUAAUGCAUGGUGAGAUGCUUGCAUGUAAUCUCAUCUCCCUAGAAAGAAUCACGCAUCUCCUUGUGAAGUUAUCUGAGCGCAGCAUAUCGUAUCGAUAAUGCAUGUAUCCAUUCAAUGACUAAAGACUUCGUGAAGUGUUGCAACCAGGUUUCUGGUUUUUCAUCUG